AUGGAUGAGAUACCCCCGAACAGCAGCCUAAUACUACCAACUCGUUCGGUUCUCACUAGUCACUCCUUCCACCAUCACAUUCGUUUCACGAGCCGUGCUCAGCACCAGCUAUUCAGCAGUUCACUCGUUCACAGAGCUGUGCUCACCACAAUCGCUACUACUACUACUGCUACUACUACUACUACUACUACUACUACUACUACUACUACAAUGACUUCAUUCCUAUUGAAGGUCCUUCUCUUGGCCAUGAUCGGCCUCUCAAGCGCAGCAGUAUUGCCCAGGGAACCUCUCAGAGCUCGCGCUAUAGGGUCUCCUGUCAACACCGCCCUUCCAACCGGGAAAUCGACAACCCCCCCUCAGACAGUCGCCUACUUCGGCCAGUUUGGCAAGCUAGGAGUCGAUAGUCUGUCGAAAUUUUGCUCUAGCACUGAAAUAGAUAUAAUCGUCCUGGCGUUCGUAAACGUGUUUAAGGGCGCCGGUGGGCUUCCUGGCAUGAACCUUGGUGUCUACUGCGACUCCAAGAUCGCGGGAACAGAUUUGCUCAAUUGCCCCGACAUUGGGAAGGAGAUUACCGCCUGUCAGGCUGCCGGGAAGAAGGUACUCCUGAGUCUUGGGGGAGAGGACGAAGAGCAGAAUUCCUUGCCGGAUGAUCAAUCCGCUACAGAACUCGGAGACAACCUCUGGAAGUUGUUCGGUGAGGGCAAGGGGCUGGAGGCCAAGAGACCCUUUGGUGGGGCUUUGAUCGACGGUUUUGAUAUUGGUAAGUCUCCUUUAUGCCCACCUUAACAGGAAUACCCAAUGGAAGUCUGACUCGUGGUAUCCGGCUAGACAACGAAAACAAAGACCCUCUCGGUUAUCCAAAACUAAUCUCCACACUCCGCGCAAACUUCAAAACCGGCACCAAAAAGUACUACAUAUCUGCGGCCCCCCAAUGCCCUAUGCCAGACAAGUCGGUCGGCGAGGCAGUAUACAAGGUCGACUACCUCUUUAUCCAACACUACAACAACCCUGCCUGCCAACUCGGUGGCUUUGUCAACUCCUUCAAAGCCUGGUCCGCCGAUAUCGCCGCUCACACCACAGCCGGGACCAAAGUCUUUGCCGGCUUCCCAGGAAGCAGCACGGCAGCCGGACAGGGCUAUGCAACUCACGGGGAGAUGAAGAAGUACGUCGCGGAGGUGCGCGGUUUGCCGAACUUUGGCGGUGUGAUGGUCUGGGAUGUAGUACAUGCAGCGGGAAAUGUAGAAUCCGGCAAGAGCUUUUUGCAAGCCAUGAGGGAAUCCCUCGCAUAG